AUGUGGGGCUCCCGGGCGUUUUUAAGCACGGCACGAAACGAGCCCGGGACGGGCGCCCGUCGCAUGUCUCGGGGGUCACGGGCGCGCCCAUUGCUGGACGCUCCGAACACCGUUGACAGCCUGGACGACCCGACCAAGGACGCUGCGCGCCGGCCGCUCGAGAGUAGAAACCACGGCUGGGAUGGGCGACUGCCCCGGAAGAAGUGGCCGGCGCAGAGCUCGCACGCCACCAGAGGUGACGCGGCUCUCGCCUUCCACAUAGAACCACCGACCUCGACCGGGCCGACAUCGUGCGGGCAAACGUUCCCGGGUCCGGACCUGGCUGGCGGGGGCCCGUUUUGUAUGGGGUGGUCCGUGCGUCAACCCGCGCGCCCAUACAAAGUGGGCCUCUCAGGUUCGCCCGUUGCUUGGGCCGCAAGGGGACUUGGUCAACUCGCGCCGUCUCGCGCGCGCGCGCAGGGCCGGUCCUGGCCAACGGCGCCGGCCCCUGGCCUCCCUCCUGCCGCCUGCCGGUCUGCCCCCCCAAGGGUCCCCGCCAACUGGUCACCCCGGGCGCGCGCGCCCGGCUUCCAUUGA